AAAAUCUCAUCAACGGUCAACCACGGUGGAUGUACCGAUGGAUACUCCACUGCCAAUACUUUUCCAGGUUCUCAGAGGAAGCCCUCAGAUUUGUCACCAACUUCACGUUCAGUUAUUAGGCCUACGACAGGCGACUCCGUCGGCGAUGAUUUCGAGCUUCUCCAAUGGAACUUUUCGCAGAGGUUCCAACAAGCAUUCAAGAAGAUAAAUUCGGGACAGACUGAUGAACCCGACGAACGGUUCAUGGAGAAGCAGGCGCUCGUUCAGCUUCGACGCAAAAAGGUCUUAAGAGGAGCCUGCCGACGGCAUCCUCUGCUACAUCAAGAUCCACGAUCCGCUGGACAAAUGUUCAUCUUAGAAAAGCGCAAAAUACUUUAUUGCUCCGUUCCAAAGACCGGGAGUACCAACUGGAAGAGAAUCUUUAUGGUCUUGGAAGGUGUCCGCCCAAAUUUACAGAACAUCUCGUCAUACGAAGCCCAUUAUAGCAACGGCUUCAAAGUAUUGCCGCAUUCCGGUCUACUGAGACAGAUACGAGAAUUGGACUCCUACACCAAGUUCCUGCAGGUGCGCCAUCCGUUUGCCCGCCUGAUCUCGGCCUACCGGAACAAGAUCUCCGGCGAGAUCCCCUGGAACUGGCAGGAAGAACGGUUUCAACAAAUUGCCCUUUACAUCGCCCGAAAGUAUCGCAAGGGGGCGCACGCUGGCUGGUUUAACCUCACGACGCUCCGCGUGUCUUGGGACGAGUGGGUCCGAUAUCUGACCGACCCCGCUGAGCGGAGCGGGUUCAACUCGCAUUGGCGGGAGAUGUACAAGCUCUGCCUGCCUUGCCGCGUCCAAUAUGACCUCAUCGGUAAACUGGAGUCCGUGGACUCUGAUUUAUCGUUUCUACUCGACCACUUGGGACUCGAACACAUACUUUUCCCUUCAAUCAGACCUCUUUACCAUCGUGAGGACGAAAAAACGGGUAAUGCUCUUAUCCGUCAAUACUUUGGCAAUAUGAGUCAAAGGGACCUUCAACGGCUCUAUAAAAUUUACCAGUUGGACUUUGAAAUCUUUGGUUUCGAAAAACCAGGUUUGCUGAACUUCUAAUGUGCACUCAGUCGGGCAUUUCCUUCGGAGAAAAAUAACCAGAUAUGCAACAAAUAGCGGUGCUUUUUCGGGGAUUCCCCAACAUCUACGCCUCCUAAAGCCCUGGACUUUAAUACACAUAAUAAAUGCACGAUUGUUCCAAGCACACAAAAAUCAUUAUUAAAAUUUAUCCAAUGGUCGCUGUAUUCUUUCACAAGUUCUAUAAUUUAAACAUUCGGAAAGAUGUGUCACAAUAUCAUUCUUGCAUGAUAGUCGUCAGUAUAUGGGAAAGAGACUGUUUUUAAUACUCAUUUUAAUGCUUGUACAUUAAUUUUGUUUGUUGAAAUGGCUUCGAGUACCAAGGUUUUAAUCCCCCGAUCGUUGGAUGGAGAUCCGCCAGCUUAAUGACCCAGAGCUGCAAGCCAACCUACUCUUUUCUGUGCACUCAGCGAUACCGUGCGCGAUAUAUGGGGCCGAUGGGUCCCCCCCCCACACACAUGUCCGA